ACCCCGCAGCAGAGCCCUUCAAUGUCUUGCACUUACAGAUUCUUACCAGCUUGGCGGUGACAUGUGGCUUCUAACUACUCUGCUCCUCUGGGUUCCUGUUGGUGCACAGGAGGUUAAUGUCACACAGGCUGUGAUCACCUUACAGCCUCCAUGGGUUAGUAUUUUCCUGAAGGAAAGUGUCACUUUAUGGUGCAAGGGGCCCCACCAGCCUGGUGACAGUUUCACAAAGUGGUUUAUCAACAGCACAGCUGUUCAGAUCUCUACGCCCAGUUAUAGCAUCGCUGAGGCCAGUUUCAAGGACAGUGGUGAAUACAGGUGCCAGACAGGUCUCUCAAUGCAAAGUGACCCCAUACAGCUGGAGAUCCACAAAGACUGGCUGCUGCUCCAGACCUCUAGCAGAGUCCUCACUGAAGGAGAACCCCUCGCCCUGCGCUGUCACGGAUGGAAGAAUAAGCUGGUGUACAACGUGAUUUUCUAUCGGAAUGGGAAAUCCUUUUGGUUUACUCAUGGUUCUGAGGUCACCAUUCAGAAAACCAACCUGAGCCACAAUGGCAUCUACCACUGCUCAGGCAUACGGGGAAAACGCUUCCAGUCUGCAGGAAUGGCUGUCACCGUGAAAGAGCUGUUUUCGGCGCCGGUGCUGACGGUGUCGCCAUCUCCCUCCCCGGACAGGGGCCUGGUCACCCUGAGCUGCGAGACCAAGCUGCUCGGGCCGAGUCCCGGCCCACGGCUUUACUUCUCCUUCUACGCGGGCAGCGAGGUCCUGCAGGACAGGAACACGUCCUCGCGGCUCCACCUACGAAGCAAGAGAGGAGACUCGCGGCUGUACUCGUGUGAGGUCACCACGGAGGACGGCAGCGUCCGCAAGCGCAGCCCCGAGCUGCCGAGGCUCGGUCGCCAGUCAUCAGCUCCUGUCUUGUUUCGCAUCCUUUUCUGUCUGUCAGUGGGAAUAAUGUUUUUGGUGAACACGGUUCUCUAUGUGAAAAUACGUAAGAAACUGCAAGGAAAGAAAAAGUGCAGUUUAAAAGUCCCUCUGGUUUCUGACCAGGGGAAGAAAGUAACUUUUUUUCCGCAAGUUGGAGGCGAUGACAUUUCUGAGGAAGUAAGGGCCAAUGUAAAAUGGACCACACCAAAAGAAGCUCCAGAAGAGCCUGUCAGUGGACACCCGUGGACCUCAACAGCCUGAAUCCCUUCCUCUCUGGCAGUGCUGGGGCACACACUUCUGGGACUUGAUGGACACCGAAGCUGUGGGACCAUGGUGUGCAACUCUUAAAUAAAGCAAAUAUGCAGGUUGA